AUGAGUCAAGACUACGAUGCUAGCAGAGCAAUGGAGCAUGCAACUGCAGUGGCAGCUGCUGCAUUUGCCAUUAAAUCAACCGAAGAUUCGGCCCUCUCUGACGAGGAAAUGACGGGCAAUGAGCGUAAACCAACUUUGGUGAGGAUCACGAGCGGAAAGGAAGAAACGGCAAUUUCAGAGCCGGAACCUGGAAGAUUUUCCAAAAUAUUCUCAGGUUCGAGGAAAAGUACUCCAGCACGAGAAGAUCCAGAAGGUAAGGUGCCAAUAACCAUUGCCACAACCCGGGAGAAGCCAGAAAAGGCUGUCCUUCCUGACCGUAUAAAACCUCAAACUGCACCACCACCACCACCCCCCCUUCGACCACCAUCUAUCAAGAGAACUCCAACUUUUGAUGAUAAACGGUCGAGCAGCGCUGGCGGUGUAAAACCUGAAACUGCAGCACCAAAACCCAAUUUGUCUGCCACUACGAAACCCGAAAGCCGUUGGGAUGAAACCAAGAAGCCGACUUCAACAGGACCUGGAAUAAGGAAAACACAAGCAGAUAUUUGGGAGGAAACCAAGAUUGCUAGGCUUAAAGCAAGGUAUGAGACGCAAAAAGCCACAAUACUCGAAUGGGAGAACAAGAAGAAGAAGAAAUGCAGAAACCAUCUCGAUAAAAAACAGCAAAGUGAAGUAGCGGAAAAAAGAGAAAAAGCACUACGAAAGUUCGCCGCAGAGAUGGAAUAUAUCAAAGAGAUAGCAGAAGGAGCUAGGGCACAGGCAGAGGAGAGGUACAGAAAUGGUGUCUUGAAGGUGAAUCAAAAGGCAAAAGAAAUGAGAAGAACAGGGAAAGCUCCUAAAACAUGCUUCUGCUUCUAA